AUGAUUUCCAAACAUCUUAUCAUCGGCGGUACAUGUCUUCUUCUUGGAAUUAUUGGAAUUCAUCUAACAAUUUAUUGGAUUUUAUUUUUUCUCACAUUCAUUCUCGGGUUUCUGAUUCAUUUAAUUAUUCAUAAAUUCGAAUGGUUAAAAUCAAGUCAAAUACAACGAACAAAUAAAACACCAUUUACAAAAAGAAAAUUAGUUACUCAUAUUGAUACCGAUGAUAUAAAUGCACCAUUAAAGUCAAAUGAUCGUCCAUCAUUAACGGGAAUAUCUGUUAUUGAUGAUCAACUACAUGAAUCAAUUGAGUUAUUUAUUCGUGAUUACGUUGAAACUUGGUAUAAAACUCAAAUAAGUUCGAAUGAAUUAUUUAUUCAAGAUUUUAAAAAUGGAAUUUAUAAAACAAUUCGACAUUUAGCUGAAAGAUUACGUGAAAUCGAUUGGUUAGAUUUUUGUACAGGAACAUUAGUUGAUAGUUUUGCAACACACGUUCGAUUAUAUCGAAAUGCUACAGAACGUAUGCGAGUUGAACAAUCGACAGAUAUUCGUGCAUGUUUUUUUGAUAUGGAAGCAGAAUAUGAAAGAGGAAUAUGUCGGGAUGAAGUUUGUAUGGAUAAAGAUAAAGAAAAAGAAUUUCUUCGUGAUAUUGUCGAAGUUUUAAUUUAUAUAUUAUUACCUGCUAAUGAAUUUCAUUGUAUUCCAGCUCGAAUAUUAAUUCGAGAAGUUGUCGUUAACUUAGGUUUAGCACCUUUUAUUGAUAUGUAUACAGAUCCCGAUGCAAUUAAUCAAUUAAUUAUUAAAAUGUGUCAACAAAUUCCAUUGACAAUUGACAAUUUUCUUCUUGUUACUCGAACAACAACUUCAACAACAGAAUUAGCAACAUUAGCUGAACGAAUUGAUAUUGAAAUAAGUCGAUGGCGUUCAAAAGAUACUGGUGGAGGAAAUGAUGCAGACAUUCGUGCAACAUUAAAUAGUUAUCAAUAUUUACGAAAAUUAUUAGCUGAAAGAUUAGAAAAACAAAUACAAACAGCAACAUUUGAUGAAGAUGAACUUUUACAAAAAGUGAUAUAUCAUGAUUUACCAUUGACAGAAAUAUUAAAUAAUUGUAAUGGUUUAGAUUAUUUUUUAAAAUUUCUUCAAACUAUCGAUGCUGUUGGUUAUGCAAAUUUUUAUCUUAAUGCAGAAGCAUUUCGAUGUGCUGGUUUAUCAGUACAGCAACAAAAAAAUGAAAAUUUGACAAAUGAACAACAUCAAGCUAAUUUAGAAAUACUCAGAAAUAUGGCAAAUGAUCUUAUCGAACAAUAUUUUCUUCCAACAGGCGCAUUUAAAUUACCAAUCGAUGAAAAUCUUGUCCAAAAAACAUUAAAUAUAUUAAGAACAGCUUCUAUUGAUGAAACACUACUUGAUGAACUACAAACAAAAGUUUUUGAAAUUCUUUCAUCAGAGAAAUAUUAUGGACAAUUUAAAACAACACCACAAUAUUUAAAAGUUUUAAGUGAAAUCGAUUUUAAUGAUCCAUUAAAUGAUAAUUUCGAUGCUGCUUCAAUAUCAAGUAAUAAUAGCAAUGAAAUCUCAGGUGAUUACUCUGAACCGCAACAUAGUCCAGUCAUUUCAACGAGUUCAGUAUCAAGUAUAAACAGUGCAGCAAGUGCUGUACCUGAUAUAUUGGAUAAUAUCCAUAAUUAUUCCAUUACAACAGAAAUAAAUGAUUCUGGUGUAUGUUGUGAAAAAGGUGAAAAAUAUGCAAUAUAUGUUAUAUCUGUAUAUUGUAAACCUAUACAUUCCUAUGGAAAUCAUCAUGAUGAUCAGCGACGUGAAUGGAUAACUUAUCGUCGUUUUAGUGAAUUUAAUGAUCUUGAUAUAACAAUAAGAAAACGUUAUCCUGAUUUACGAGACAUUGCUCGUUUACCUGGUAAAAGCUUAAUUAAUAACACAAGUCAAGAUGUACGAGUAAAACGACAAAAAGAAUUGAAUACUUAUCUAACAAUAUUAACACAACCAAAGAUUCUUCAAAGUCAUCCACAACUUGGUGAACUUCUAUUAAAAUUUUUACGAAAUCAACAAUGGAAAAAUGAACAAACAGAAUUAGGUCGCAAGAUGGAUACAUUUGUUAAUCCAUUUAAACAAGCAUCAAUUGGUCUUGUUAAAGGUGUAUCAGCAUUUCCAGGCAAUGUUGUUAAAGGUGUAACAAAAAUCGGUGAUGGUUUAACAAUUGUAUCAGAUAGUGUUGUUGAAAAUGCUGGAAAAAUCUUUGGAACAAAUUCAAAUCUAAAUAAUAACAAUCGCUAUAAUAUUCAUAUUACAAAAGAUAUGCAAUCAUUUCCUAUUGUUGAAGAACCUCAAGUUGAAAGUGCUAAAAAUAUUCCACUUCGUGUUCUACUUGUCAUUAUGGAUGAAGUAUUUGAUCUAAAACAAAAAAAUAUGUGGUUUCGAUCAAGAUUUGUAUCAAUAUUAAAACGUUUUCUACGAGCAUUUAUGGGUGAUUCUGUUAAUCGACGUAUUGCAGUGUUUGUUGAACAUUGGACAUCAGCACCAAAAAUUGCAAAAGAAAUUACUCGUCUCAAAGAUGAUUUUUGGCCAAAUGGUGUUUUAGCUGACAAAGCACCGGAACGUGAUGCAAACGUUCGUAAUAUCACACAAGUUCUAUGCAAAGCAAAACUACUUGGUAUUGUUUCAGAUGAACUUCGUCAUAUAAUUGGUAGUGAAACAACUCGUCGUGGUUUAUUACGUUUAUUUGAAUUAUUACAAAAUGAAACACUUAAUCGUCGAUUUGUAUAUAUUGUUAUUGAAGCACUGUUAAUAAAAUUAUUUCGACCAAAUGAUCUUCAUUUAAUAUUUGAAAAACUUUAUUCUCAAUCGGCACGUGUUAAAGAAGAAUAUAGAAAACGAAUAUUUGAAAAAGGACAACACCGUAAUGGAUCAAUAAAUAGUCAACAUCAUCAUCAUAAUGAAUCAAAUUCUCGUCCCUAUUACUUUAAUCGUUUAUCUGUGAGAACUGAUGACAGUUUUAUUGGUACGCAACGACCAAAUAAUAAUCAACAACAAAAACCAUUACCGAGAAGUUUAUCAAGAAUAUGA